GGGGAGUUGUGUGUUUUUUUUUUUCAUAUUAUAUUUGAGAAGACAAAUUGGAUAAUAGUCUGACAUUCAAGAUGAAGAAGUUUUUGCAAAACAAAAAGGGCAGAUACUCUUUUCGGCAGAGCAAACGAGGCUCUCGGUGUCCAUCUAAAGAUUUCUUCCUCAGCAUGCCGUCGUCCAACCAGGGCUGGCCUGACGAGUUUGGCUUCCAGCUGGGUGGGCAUGGACCCAGCUAUAUCCUGUCUGUGGAAGAAGGGAGCAGUGCUCACCUGGCAGGGUUGCAGGCUGGGGACCAAGUGCUGGAGAUUGAGGGCCACAAUGUGUCAACGCUGGGUCCGCAAGCUGUCAUGGCCAUUGCCCAGACUCAGAAGAACAUCCCUCCCAGCAUCGGAGUGGUGUCCCGCAUACAGCAGAUGGACAUCAUACCAGGUCCAGAUGGUCGUUUUGGAUUCACCAUUGUUGGAGACUGCCCCCUACUGGUGGAGGACUGCUCACCUUGUUCCCCAGCUGGCCGUGCGGGUCUGAGGGCCGGGGAUUACGUCAUGGAGGUCAACGGUAUCCCCGUCAGACAACACGAGACGGCCGCAGCACUAAUCAAAGCCUCCCAGGGCAGGACGCUCCGUCUGGGGGUGUUGUGUCUUGGCCCGAGGCAGAAGCACAGCAUCAGCAUAGAGGACAGUCAGAUGGGAGCAGAGGGGGCGAGGCUGGACCGCAAACACAAGGCUCUGGAGUUCAACAGGAAGGUUGACCAGAUUUUAGGCGAUGAGCCAGAAGUGAAAGAGAGACUCUUCACUGUGCUGAAGCAAUACGCAGCCGAGAAGAAAGUCGAUUGGUUGGCUUAUGUCCUGCCAGAAAUACUCACCACUGAUGAGCAUCGACAGCUCAUUUCCAGCAUCAGAAUCUUCAUUCCCAAGAAGCACCGGCAACGCUUCGAUGAGGCCGUCUCCCAGAAUGUGAUCAACAAGCUCUGCCGCAGCAAGAGCAUCAGCGAGCCGCACAGCAGGGUCCGGCGCAGUCGGAGCGAGGAUCACUCUGAGCGCCACCACGGGUCCAAAAGGGCCAGCUCAGUGCCCAGGGAUGGAGGGGAACCCGGAGGGAGGGGUGACGCAGAGAGAGACAGGGGCAUGAGGAAGUCCGUCUCUGGGAAACCUGCGCAUCCCCCCAUCGGACCCAAUCAGAGGAUUGUGCGCGUCUACAGGGGGAAGAAGACCUUCGGCUUUACGCUGCGAGGCCACGCUCCUGUCUGCAUCGACUCCGUUAUCCCAGAUAGUCCUGCUGAGGAAUGUGGACUGAAGCCAGGCGACCGCAUCCUCUUCCUCAAUGGACUGGACAUGAGGAACUGUUCCCAUGAGAAGGUGGUGUCUAUGCUGCAGGGCAGUGGGGCGAUGCCCACUCUGGUUGUAGAGGAGGGUCCAUCUGACUACUCUUCAGACCAAACAGACCCAGAAGAAUCCCCCAACUUGGCUCCCACCACAUUGCCACGCUCCAGGUCCCCAGCCCUCAGUUCUCUCCAGUGGGUGGCUGAGAUUCUUCCACCCAGCAUCAAAGUGCAUGGGCGGACAUUCAGCCAGCAGCUAGAGCACUUGCUGACCAUCCAGGAGAGGUACACUGUCUGUAAGGCCCUGGAGACCUUUUUCCAGCACAGGAAUGUGGAUACCCUGAUUGUGGAUGUGUUUCCAGUGUUAGACACUCCAGCCAAGCAACUGAUCUGGCAGUUCAUCUACCAGCUUCUGACCUACGACGAGCAGGAACGCUGCCAGGGCAAGCUGUCACGCUUCCUGGGUAUCAAGAGCAAUGCAGUGUUGGAGCCUGAUGCAGGUCCGGAGCACCACCGGCGGAGCAGCUCCAUGCGUGUUACGGGGUCAUCGUACCGCGGCAGCGUCAGAGAGAGGAGCUCUGACGACUGCAUCAUCGGGACUCACCUGGGAAUGGGAAUUCAUGUCGAUGAAUCUGGCAGCCCGGAGGAGAGGCAGUCAGGAGAUGGAACCUCCUUCCCCGAGUCCCCUGACCUCAAUCAUAUGACAGGUGUGUACACGGAGCUGGAGAACGUGUACGCAGGGAAGAGUGUGUCUCCACUGCACGGUGGCUCCUCAGCAGAGCCCGAGGGCCUGGGACAAACUGAGGCCUAUGGGCGCUCUCUCUCCCCCCUCACGCUCCCCCCUCUCACAGGUAACCGUAAAUCCGGCCUGUCCCUGACCUGGAAGGAGCCUCUCCCCACUCCCGUGUACGAGAUCCACCACCAGAGCAGCGUGGACUCCAACCCUUAUGUCAGCCUGGAGAGCCCCCCUGCCUCGCCUCAGCACUCAGACGGAGGUCUCAACACGCUGACCCACCGCAAGAAACUAUUCACCUUCUCCCGCCCCCCUCGCAGCCGCGACACCGACAAGUUCCUGGACGCCCUGAGCGAACAGCUGGGCCACCCGGUCACUCUGGUGGACGACUUUGUGCCCGGGGAGAACGACUACGAAGAGAUGAGCUUCCAGGAGGAUCAGGAACUGGGGUUCAUGCCUCGGCAGCUCAGCAGUGGCAGCAGCGAGGAUCACAGUAGCAGCGACGAGGCUUCUUCUCCCACCUACUCCUCAGGCUCUGAACCCAUCCCACCACCGCCCACCCAGAGCCCCCCUCCUCCCCCACCCUUUCAGUCCUUGAUACCGCCUCCUGUCCAAUUCACCGACCCCAUGCCGCCCAUCCGCUUCUCCCCGGAGCACGUCCCCCGCAGCCGGAUGCCCUUCCAGCCGCACCACCCCAUCAUCCCUCCUCCCCCGCCCCCUCCCAGGACCCUCCUGUCCAGCCGCUCUCCAUUACACAAGGUGCUCCACGCUGCAGAGGAGGCGGAGAAGACUCACCAGCGCUUCCAGGUCACCACCCGCCUCUCGCACGGCCACACCGCCCUGGGCAGCAGCACCACCCUGCGCUCGUCCCAGCCGUCCCGCCCCUGCUACCUCCCGCGGCAGCUCAGCCAACCCCAGCCCAUUCGCCAGCCGUCCCCCCAGCCGUCCCCUCAGGUGCUGAGGCCGAGCCACCUCGUCCUCCAGAGGCACCACCAGCUCCACCACCAACACAGCUACCAGGGCCCGCUGCCAUCAUCCCUGGAGGAUCACAGCCCGUCCCAGUGUCAGAGCCAAGGCCCCGCAGCAUCCUCGCUACUCUCCCAGACUCCGGCUUCCCACUCCUCCCUCCCCAUCCACACUAAAACCUAUGAAACCCUGCGACCGGAGCACCAGUCAACACAGGCACCCCCGCCUCCACCUCCACCCCUGCCCCCACCCUGUGACCCGCCUCCACUGCCCAAGCCAGGUCACGCUUCGGACGCCAACCACAUGAGCGUGAAGAGGCUGCGAUGGGAGCAGGUGGAGAACUCUGAGGGUACCAUAUGGGGUCAGCUCGGCGAGGACUCAGACUACGACAAGCUCACUGACAUGGUGAAGUAUUUGGACCUUGACCUGCACUUUGGUACUCAACGCAGAUCCAUCUCUCCUCCAGAGCCAGCCUUCCUGCCAGAGAACUUUAAAAAGAAAGACGUGGUGGAGAUUCUGUCACAUAAGAAAGCCUACAACGCAUCCAUCCUCAUCGCCCAUCUCAAGCUGUCCCCCACGGAACUGCGACAGGUCCUGAUGAACAUGUCCACCGAUAGGCUGGAGCCGGCGCACAUCAAGCAGCUGCUGCUCUACGCCCCCAACGACGAAGAGGUCAAACAGUACGAGCUGUUUGAGCAAGACCCGGCCAAACUGAGCGAGCCGGACCAGUUCAUUUUCCAGAUGUUGAUGGUGCCCGAGUAUAAGACCCGUCUGCGGAGCCUCCACUUCAAGACAACCCUGCAAGAGAGGACGGAGGAGAUGAAAGUCGCGUAUGACUACAUCUACAAAGCGUCAGUGGAGCUGAAGACCAGCAAGAAACUGGCCAAAAUCCUCGAGUUUGUUCUUGCAAUGGGGAAUUACCUGAACAACGGCCAGCCCAAGAGUCACAGGACAACCAGUUUUAAGAUCAACUUCCUAACUGAGCUAAGCACAACCAAAACAGUGGACGGGAAAUCCACCUUUCUCCACAUUCUGGCCAAGUCUUUGUGCCAACACUUCCCUGAGCUGCUCAACUUUUCCAGAGACCUUACAACAGUUCCUCUGGCUGCCAAGGUGAACCAGAGGGCCAUCACAGCAGAGCUGAGUGACCUUCACUCCACCAUCCAGGACAUCAGGACGGCCUGUCUGAAGAUCCCGCCCACCUCUGAGGACCACUUUGCCUCUGUCAUGAGCAGCUUUCUGGAGAACAGCCACCCUGCGAUCCAGUCUCUGGAGUCUCUGCAGACCCGAGCGAUGGAGGAGUUUUCUAAGGUGGCCUCUUACUUUGGAGAGGACAGCAAGUCCUCCAACACAGAGUCCUUUUUCGGCAUUUUUGCAGAAUUCAUCUCCAAGUUUGAGAGAGCUCUGAGUGAGACCCAGACCCCAGAAAACCCCAGAAGCCCCAGACUGUCUUCCCCUCUGGCCUGGUAGAUGCAAGAAAUGCGGGCAGAUGUCGGGCCAAACCGACAGGCCAGUCGGCUCCAUUUUCAGUCUGCUCUCCACAACCAAAGUGCCAAGAUCACACACAGAGACACUCGAAACCAACGGGAAGAGAGAUCACUUCAUCUAUAGCAAAGAGAAAGAGACAAAAAAAAAAAAAGAAAAAUCUGUAGAUAAUUACAACAGUUAACGAGUGCCCUGUGUGCAGCAGCGCUGUUAUUUCAGGUGCUGGGUAGAGCAGGAACAUUCAGGUCUCCAAAGGUCAACAGGAACUCACCACACACUGAAGACUCAAACCAGUUUAUUCCCUUGCAUACAUCUCUUUUUAACACAAGGUAGAAAGUAAAAGACAUAUAAGAGAAAGCAUUCGUGUUCAUUUAAUCACUUCUGUGCAUUUCAGUGCUACAUUAAAAUGAGAUGUUAGCAAUGGAAACUGGUGUGGACAUUUACAGAUAAGUUAUGUUUAUUAUAUGACUAUAUAAAGUUUAUAUUUUCUAUCAGAUCAUAUUUGAAAAAUUGUAAAGAUUUAAGCAUAGAUGUAGAGUGACGACAGUUAUCAGGUAGUUUAGUUUUACUCACUGCCUCCCAAGUAUUAUGGGAAUCUAUAACAACUGACAUUUUGGGAAUGUGGUCAUAUGCUUUUGGAGAGUUAGAUGAUGGUUAGCUUAGCUUAGCAGACUGGAAACCGUGGCAAACGGCUAGCUUGGGUCUGUUCAAGGACAGCCACUCUAAAGCUCAUGUUUUAUCUAGUUUAAUCAUUUAUUUGGUACAAAUUUUUUUAAAAGGGCAAAUUUACUGUUACGAGCCUACUAACAUAUGCAGGACUAUUUCUUGACUGGAAGCAGUGAUUUCCCAAAAGUCUCUGCUAGCUGCCUGGCAACCCUUAUGGCGAUGACAAGACUCCACCA